UCCCAGCCCAUAUCCCGGAAGGCAGCGCGGCAGCUUUCUCUUUUGCCGCCAUCUUGGUUCGCCGCCGUGGGGGCCUGCUGGGACCAGGGCUUCAGGAGGACACCAUGACCGGGAGGCUGUGGUGCAAGGCCAUCUUUGCUGGCUACAAACGUGGCCUCCGAAACCAGCGGGAGCACACUGCCCUUCUGAAAAUUGAAGGUGUUUAUGCCCGUCAGGAGACAGACUUCUACUUGGGCAAAAGGUGUGCCUAUGUAUACAAAGCUAAAAACAACACUGUAACCCCCGGUGGGAAGCCCAACAGGACACGAGUGAUCUGGGGGAAGGUAACCCGCGCCCAUGGGAACAGUGGCAUGGUUCGUGCUAAGUUCCGCUCCAACCUUCCUGCCAAGGCCAUUGGACACAGAAUCCGGGUGAUGCUGUAUCCAUCUCGGAUCUAAAUUUUUAUUGCAAAUAAAAUGGAGACUCUGUUUAA